UUAGCUAAACGGCCUAAACCGUUUCCCAUUCAUUCUCUAUGGUAGUGCUAAACCACUACGGAUGUAAUAUAUUUUUGGCCACUACGGUCUUCCGGCGCUGUUGCGAGCUUGAGAUGCGGCGGCAAUUUUUAAAAAUCUCCACUUUUAAAUUUCGGGAGACAAAACAAGUAACGCACCGCUCGCAUCACAUCUCAACGAUCCUCGCUCAUUGAUCAAAGAUGCACAAGAAAGUUGCGCCAUAUCCAGGGAAAAUCUCUGUGGUGUUCCGCAAGGGGCCACUUGGAUACCUUCUCCAGGACCCGUCAAAAGAAGCUCGACGGAUUAAAAAUGACCCCAAACUGCAGGACAAGUCUGCACCUAUGAGGGAGGACCUUGUACGUCAGAAUGCUCUCACUGUCGUCUAUCAGAGAGGAGGGGAUGCCUCUGACAUGAAGGAAGUGCAGGGAGAGUACAUCCUGCAGUUUGGAAAGUAUAAAGGGAAAUCUUUCCGGUGGCUUCUGGAGAAUGAUGUCGGGUACACCACGUACCUGAUCAAAGAUCUCCAGAAGCAAGAGGCUGCAGGGACCUCUGUGGAAGCAGGGCAUGGCAAGGAGAGCUUGCAUUCAUUUGUACAGUAUGCCCUCAGCUUUACAGAGAUAAAAACUCUUCUGGACUACAAGGCCAGCAGAGUGAGUGUUGCUGCAGAAGCCUCUGAGGAUGAUCAGCUGGUUGGCUUUGGCUCACGAGCCAAGAGCACAUGGAAAGAGAUUUGGGACAGCAGAGGAGAUGGCUAUGCAGACUUUAUCAUGAGGAAGAGCUGCAGUCAAGGAACACGGAUGCAUAAGCUGCAGCAGUACCUGCGGAAGAAGCAGCAGUCUGCAUCUGCUUCCACAAACGCUCCAACUAAACCCCUGGGGAUGGAUGAGGAUAAAGACCUGGAGGAUGCAAUGCUGAGCAUCUCACCUGCAAAACUACACAUGCAGAGCUUCACUGUGCCAGCAGCAGCAGAAGGGUCCACACCCAGAGGAUCUUCAGGAGCAAACACAGUUCCAUCUGCUGCACUGUCCAUACCACCGUCCAGUACAACUGCUGAACCUCAGGCAUCAUCAGCCGAUGGUGCAGCCUCAGGUGUGAAGAGGAAGUCACCUGUGCCCCUCCCACAGGAGCUGGCAUUUCUAUUAAAGGAGACCACAGGACCCACUACAGAUGCUGCUUCCACAUCUGUGCGCAAAGUGCUGACUUUUGAAGACAGCAGUGAAGAUGCUCCUUCAGCUCAGCCAGCUGUUCCAGUUCCAGUGGCUGGUUAUGAGCACGACCUCAGCAGCUGGAAUUGUUCUCCGCACCAGAAGCUGUGGAUGAAGACUGAGCUUCAGGACCUUGGACUGUGGCCUGGGUCUCGACCAGUGCGUCACGCAGGGAACGCGAUUUCACUCUGGCGUCUCCCUCCACAGCCUGAGCUCAUAGAUACAGUGGCUGACCUUCCAUCCCCAAAUUUCUUCCAGCUCCACCCCUUCUUUAUUUGGAAACCUGAGAGUGCUAUCAUGGUCAGGUUAAGAAACAAUUAUAUCUUGCCAUGUCUCCAUGGUUGCUUUCGUUCACAAGUGGUCUCUGCUGGUGUGGGCAGGCCACGAGUAAUUGUUGGCACCAGUGGUCAGUAUUACAUCCUGUCCUCACGACUCUGCUGCAGGGCUUGUCGCAGGAACUGGUUUGCUGACAAUCCACGAUGGCUGGAGAAACUGCCCAAAAGGUUUACCAACCUUCUCCCUGCUUUUCUCACAUACAAAAAGGCCAUCUGCAAGUCUGUUAUGGAUGAGCUCAGGAGGACUGGCAAAUCUCCAGCAGACAUGGCAAACCAAAUAAAUGAACUUAUGCACCUCAAGUACGAGCGAGCUCACCUGGCGUACCUCCAUGCCACAGAAUCGGUCUGGGAUUCUGAGGCAGGAGCACAUGGACAGAGGACCAUUGGGCAGUUUCUGAGGAAGGAAAAUAAGCCACAGGAGUUCAGGUCUUAUGAAGACCCACAUGCCUGGUGUGGCGUCUCUGUGUCCAGCCAUUAUCUGACUGACUGCCUGCUCGACGAAUUCCGACGUCAACAUCCAGCCAUAUCCAAACUCCUCCAGGGCACUUUUGGCCACAUUUUCAGGUCUGACCACACCAGGAAGGUGGCACGAAAAGUCACGCUGGCAUCUGGGGUCAUGUCCAGUUAUUCCAUAAUGAAUGAAAACUGGCUGAUUGUUUCGUGGGUCAUGGUUCAGUCUGAGACAGAAAGGUCCUUGGAGCCCAUGUACCAGGGAAUGGCCAAGAGGUACAGUGAUGCAGGAGUGGAAAAGGCCGGCUACCACUGGGUGGACAGGGAUUGCUGUGCUCCAUUUAAGAUCCCAGACUGCAUCCCUGGGGAAAAUCUAUCGUGGGAUGCCUGGAAAACCACUCCUGCUGUUGUUGCUGCGGCCACAUCUGGACCAGUGGCAAACAGCUGUGCCUCUCGAACCCAUUACAAUAAGAACAUUAUUGUAAAACUGGAUCUGUUCCACUGCCUGAGGCGAUUUUCGCGGGAGUGUACCUCUGAGCAUCAUCCUCUGUUCAGCACUUUCUGCCAGCUUCUCUCUGCUGCAUUCUCAGUAGUUGAUCAGGCGGACCUGAAGAGGCUCCAGGAUGCUUAUAAGUUCUGUGGCAUCCAUCCUGCUAAUCCCACAAAGCAACACAUAAGGGAGCACUGCAGGAUCCAAAUACCACAACCCACUGAGCUGCUGAACAGAGUGGAAAAGGUCCUGAACCAUUUUCACCUGGCCACAGACCCCAACAACAUCCCACUCUUCAAGCCAUCCAUGCUGAAGACGUGGCGCAUUCAGAGAGUGCACAUUCUGCGUGGCUGCCUAAGUGACCCUGAACUCUCAGAGGGUGUAAUGUUUAGGUACAGUGGGACUCUUCAGCUUAACCAUGUCCCUGGUGAAGGUGCCAAGGUCCCCAUCUGGAUUCCUAUCCGAGGCACUUCACAGCAGGAGGGUUAUCAUUUCCACCAGGCCCAGUGGAUCACCGGGACUCACGUUUCCACUGAACUAUUCCAGGCCCAGGGCAUGACAGGGGUGGCACGAUGGAACUACCAAAGACUGGUGGACCUUAAGCAGCCAGGUGUCAUUCUCCCUUCUGUUUUUGAUCCGGCUCUAGUGGUGGAGUUGAAUGCAGCCUCCAGAAGAGUGACUGGUCAGGAGAAGUACCCUGCACUUCACCUCUCUGACAGAGACACUGGAGAGCGAUUUGGGCUUGAAUACAGAGAGCCAGGCUGCCGUCCAGUCCCUCUGAACUGGGACAAACACAAAACUCUGAGAAAAGAUGAACCGGCUGCCCUUCAGCCCCCAUCCUCUGUUCCAAAACCUGUGGCUGCCCAACUUCAGGUUCCAGCAGCGGGACCCUUCUCCAGCCUGGCACCGCUUGGUGUGGCAUCUCCCACACCAGCACCACCUGUCACCCACCCUUUCUCUGGUGCACUUUUAAAGCAGGAGUUAGCAUCAGAAGACACCCAGCAACCUACAACAGUCAUGGAAAUCUCUGAAGCUCUACCUCUGCCGAUGCGGGCCUCACCAAGGAGUGCUCGCACUGGACCUAUAAAAACAGGUGGACGGGUUUUUGUGCUGGACCACACACGCUGGACAUGACCUAUGAAAGCGUCAAUAGAUGAUCUGUUGCAAAAGUACCGUGGGAAGAAGGACAUGCUGAAGCUUGUGGAUCAAGAUUAUGCAGACAUGGUCCAUCGCUCUGCUAAUGAUCCCAACAGCCUGCUGCAUCCCACAUCCAAGGUGCACAUAUGCCGGUAUGUGAAGCACUUGGCAAAACUUCUGAACACCAAUUCAUCGUUGAACAUAAGCCCAGAAAAACUUCUGGAGACUCAGCAGCUGUGGCACUCUUUAACUGAAGGCAGUGAAACCACUAGUGUCCCUGUAGUCACCAUAGAGCCUGCCGUCUUUAACCCGCCUCCCCUGCCCUGUCUACACCACUGACACAAGUGUCAAUAGAGAAGAUUGUGGAGGGCAUUUUAGAAAGGCAACAGCAGCAGCCACACCAGCCACAGCAGCAGCAGCCUGAGGGGAAAAAAAGGCAGACAAAGACUUGUCUUGCCUGUGGACAGCCCAAGUCUCAACAUGAGACAGAUGGAUCCACCGUCCAUUAUUUUUACCAGAGAGGGCCUGUGCGCUAUUUCUAUUGUUCCAACAAGGUGCAUCAAACUUAUGCUGCUGAGGGAAUCACUGACCCUAAAAUGCCCUUUGAGGAUUUUGCCCAGACAGACUUUUUCCAAAGGGAACUGGAUGCUACCAGGAAGAAGUCAGAGGAAAGGAUGGAGAAAAAGAGGAAAAGGCCAGAAACCCAACAAACAGGCCGCCUCUGCAGGUUCUGCCACAUGGACCUGAAACAGGGACCAAAUAGCCCACAUGUUCACACAGGCUUCCCUGGAGUGGCAGGGAAAUAUAUCUACUGCCCUUCAAAAGUGCAUUCUCUGUACAGGGACAAGGGCAUGGCCAAGGAGAUGACCUGGAAGGAGUUUCAGGAGUCUCCUUUCUACGAGGCAGAGAGACAAAGAUGGGUGGAAGAAAAAAGGAAAUAGGGGAGAAACUGUUGAUAUUGUACAUAAUAUAGUUUAGUUCUAGUUUUGUAAUGUUUAUUUUGUUUAUAUAAAUAAAAACUGAUUGUAAAUAUAAAAAUGUAAAUAAAUUGUGUUCUGCCUACAUAUUAUUUCUAAAUCACUUCAUGUAAUGAUAACAAGCCAUCCGUUCUCUAGUGGGGUCUCACAGCUUUUAUCUUUAUAAUCUUUCUGGUUGAUUUGUAAUAUUAGAAACAUGACUGCUGUCUUUUAUCUGUGUGACUGUACAGCCUGUUUCAGACAUGACAACCAGACAGUGUCUGAAGUUAUC